UUUAUAGGAAAAACUACUCACCUGUUUCUGCUUUAUGCUCACAAAGAUCUGCCUCCCAUGGGUAUUUGUAAAAGCAGCUUUCUUGUUCUUACUCCGGGAAGGUGUAGCUGAGCCACCCCGUACAGCUUCUCCGUUUCAACCGCUACACUCUUCCUUCUGCACGCAGCGGCAUGUCAUUACUCUCUUGAAUUCCAUGUUCUUCUAGCAGGUUGAUAAGUAACACCAAGGAGUUUACCUUCCACACCUUUCCAUCUGCCCCUCUUAACGUUUCUCCUGCUGCACUUAACUCGUAGUCCUUCCUGACCCAUUUCAUUUAAGGACCUUCAAAGAGUUGCAACUUUCCUCCUCCAAAAUAUUUCUUUUCGGGGAGGUUCCUGCCCACCCCCACUGAGCCUUUAGCCAAGCCUCACGACUGCUCAGCCUUCCGUCCUGGCGGGUAUUUCCAUUUAAUGCUUGCUCUGGCGUCGUGGUCUAAAGAUGACCAGGCAGAGACCUUGCUCUUGAGGAGCCCAUGUCUGCUGGAAGAGCCCUCCCCCAGGAGGUUAUCCAAGGUGGUUUAUUUUCUGGAAUUCUAUCUAACAUAGUGUUCUAAGACUUCCUGCAACAGAAUCAGUAGGUUUUUUUUAAAAUGCAUAUCCCACUUAGACCUAUUAAAUUAGCCUUUCCAAUGGAUAAGACCCUAGGAGUCUGCCUUUUUUAUUUGAUUCUUCAGUUGCAACAAGGAGCUAAGACCAAAAGCCUGGGCCAAUCUCCUCAUCAAAGCAUGGAUUAAGUGGGGUAUAAGAGGGGGUGUUUGGAGUCCCCUGGUGUACUGUCUGGACUCGUAAGGGCUUUGGCUGGGUCAGACGAGAGAAAUAGGUCAAAGAGGCCUUUACACAAAUCCUGACAUGACACAGCGCAGCCUCUCACCACCAGCCUGAGGUCAAGCUCCACAGUUACCCUCUUCAGUCAUCCGAGCUCCUGAUAAACAGCUUCCUGGGCACCAGCUGUGUCUACAGGUUGUCCUAGCCCUCGGUCCCUAUACAGGUUGCAAAGAUGAGUUCUGGGCUUCUGUCCCACACCCCAAGAUAGUAACAGGCUCCCAGGAUCCUGAUGACUGCCCCCAAUUUGACGGCUAAAGGGGAGAAAUGAGUAAGGAGCUCAUUCAUUCAACCAUACUCAUUUGUUUCCAUAAAAAAUAAAGGAGAGGAGGGGAAGGGGGGAAUGUGGGAACUCUACUUUCCACUCAACUUUGCUGUGAACCUAAAACUGCUCUUUAAGCCUAAAGAAAAAAAAAAAAAAAUAUAUAUAUAUAUAUAUAUAUAUAUAUUCACAGAGGGGAUGCCAGCUUCUGGAGAUGAGAAAGUAGAGUAUGAUAGGAAACCAGAUUGAUUGGAUGGAGUGCAUAGAACAUAUAAAUGAUGGUCUGGUGAGCCUAGAAAUCACAUAGGACCAUUAGUAUGUAACACCUACUGUGCUCUGGCCACUUUCAUAUACUUUUACCAUUUUAUCUUCAACACAAUUGUGGCAUCAUCAUCCCUUGUUUCAUGGACCAGGGACCUGAGGUUCAGAGUAAGUGGUUUUCCCAGGGUCACCUAGCAAAUGAGUGAGUAGUAGAGCCCAGAGUCACACUCAAGUCCUCUAACCUUAUGCUCCUGGCUCUCCCCUCCAUCACUGCUGCCUCUCACUUAAUUUGUACUUUAUCUCAUAGGCAAGGGAGCUUUGAAAGGGACAAGUGCUGGCCCAACCUAAAAAUAGCUUACAUUUAUCGAGCACUUAGUCGGCUACACUCUGCUAAGCACUUUACCCAGAUUACCUUUGAAUCCUCACAGCAACCCUAUGGCUGUUAUCUCCACUUCACAGAUGAGGAAACAGACCUGAGAGAGACUGUGAUGUGUGGUUACAAGUCACACAGCCAAUUGGUGAUGGAGCCAAAGUGAGCCGGGGGGUCUGGCUCCAGUGUGCAGACCCUGCCCUGCACUGCCACGGGGGGAGUGGAGAGGAUGGGGCCGCCCCCAUAAAGGCUGAGCUGGCGAGACUUUACAACUCAGCGAAUGUGGGAGCAGAGAGGGAGAGACCACCUAAAGGUGUGCCUGUGAAUCAGCUAAUCCUGGGGCCCCUUCCUUGGACCUGGACACCCUUGGAUGAGCUGGAGGUCAGGAGCCGAGAUGUCACCCAAUCCUCCUGCCAGAAGCCAGAGGCCCCAUUUGGAUGGUCUGGGUGGGGAGGGGCUGUUUGAAAAGCUCGAGCGCUCCCCUCCCUCCCUGGUGUUGUGAGAGAGGUGUCGGUUCUCUCUCCCAAGAUAACAGGACUACCGGGUCCUCCUCCUGCAGCUAUUCUGGGCUGCGGUCCGCUCCCCACUCUUCCCCUGGCCCCUGCUUCAGCCGUCUGGGAGUAGCUGGGUGGGAACAGGCCAGCCCUGUUACAUAACCCUGUGGCUGGGACCCUGGGGAGGCCGGGCUGGCGAGCAGGUGCUCAGCCCCUCCCUCGCCACCAACAGUGAAAAUCUUUCUCUGGAGCCCAGCCUUGGGGUGGCCCAGCAUGGAGGCAGCCACAGCUCUGGAGGUGGUCGGAUCCACGCUGAAAGUGAAAGAAGCCAGCCUAGCGGAUGCUGACGGAGCCCAGGCUUCACCUCGGCGGGGGGCCGUCAGCCCCAUUCCCCAGCUCCUGCCCCCCACAGAAGAGCACCCCAAGAUCUGGCUACCUCAGGCCCAGAGGCAGACCUACGUCCAGAAGGUUGGAGACACUCUGAAUCUACUAAUCCCGUUCCAGGGCAAACUCCAACCUCAAGCCAUGCGCACGCAUGACGGCUGUGCCUUGGACGCCAGUCAUGUGAGCAUGCGGAAUGGGGAGCGGGACUCCAACCUCUUCAUCCGAGAGGCCCAGUGUGCUGACUUGGGUCACUACCAGCUCCAUGUGCAGCUGGGUGGGCUGGAGGCCACCGCCACCACUGACACCCUGGUGAUCGGUACAAGGCCAGGCUCUCCUCAGAGUAUCAAGUUGGUGGAUGUCUGGGGCUCCAGCGCUACCCUGGAGUGGACUCUGCCCCAAGACACGGACACACUCCUGGGAUACGUGGUGCAAAAGGCUGACACCAAAUCUGGGCUGUGGCUCACGGUGCUGGAGCGCUAUCACCGCGCCAGCCGCACAGUCUCCGACCUCAUCGUCGGCAACUCCUAUGCAUUUCAAGUCUUUGCUGAGAACCAGUGUGGGCUCAGCCAGACAGCCUCUGUCACUGCCGACCCGGCCCACAUCCAGAAAGCAGCAAGGCCCUUCUUGGUCCCCUCGGCUACUGUUUACAAGACCGAGGGGUUUGUCCAGUGAGAUUUCUCAGAAGCCCCGAAGUUCACCCAGCCUCUGGCAGACUGCACUACAGUCAUUGGCUGUGACACCCAGCUCUGCUGCUGCAUCCAUGCCUCCCCCAAGCCAAAGAUCAUCUGGCUAAAGAACAAGAUGGAUAUCCAAGGCAACCCCAAGUACAGAGCCCUCACUCACCUGGGAAUCUGCUCCCUAGAAAUCCACAAGCCUGGCCCCUUUGACGAGGGCAUCUACAUCUGCAAGGCUGUUAACCCCCUGGGGGAGGCGUCAGUAGACUGUCGGGUGGAUGUGAAAGGUAAGGGCAGAACUCGCACCUUAAGGUGCAAUCACCUCCUCUCUCCACAGGUGGGAAAGUCGAGGGCAGAGACACAAGCCUAGAUGGAGAAGGGCUCGGGUUGCUUCCCCUUCAGGCCUUCUCAUCACUGUCAUCAUCAGGAUGUAUUUUAGGAGCCAUUUUUAUCAUCCAUUCCUCAUUUCUCUCCAUCAUAAUUCUGUAAUAUAGGAAGAAUCACUAUUUCCACUUUGCAAAGGAGAAACCUAAAGCACAGGGAGGUGACUGAUCAGUUUACCUGCGAUUUCCAGUGCUGGUUAAUUGAGGAGUUGGCACUAUGGUGGAAAAGAGGCCAAGUCUGCUGGACCUUACCCAGAUCAUUUUUCAUUAAACUAUACAAUCUGACUCAAUCCAGGAAAGCUGUAGCUUUUUAUUGGGCUUUUAAACAAACCAGAGGACUUUCGUCUCUAGUUGGUUAAAUGGGAAUAUUGCACAUCCUCUCUACCGCUUUUAAAGUAUUCAUUCAUUUAUCCAUUCCUGUCCCCUUGCUCAGAUUGCCAUCAUUGCAUUUAGAAUAUUGUUUUAUAAUUAUCUAUUUACUGAUCUGUUUCCCCAUAAACUGUGAGCACUGUGAGGGCAGGGACCAUCUUAUUCACCUUGUCCCCCAGUGUCCAGCCCAGUUUCUGGUACACAGUGGGCACUUUCUAAGCAUGUGCAGCAUGACUCAGGAAUGAAUGGGCCAUUACCUGUCCUAUUCUUCCCUCCGCAUAGACUCUUAAUUAGCACCAUGGACUCCCCCCAAACCUGGAAGUAUAUCCCUUCUCGAUGCUCUGAAAGGUUUCCCAGAGAUUGCUGAGAUGUUAAAACGGAGAGAUGUCAACACAGAGAGAUGUCUGAAUUUUGCAGCUCCUAAUUGAGGCACGCUAAGCAGACAUGGGCAACUCUGAGGAAGUGCCAGCAACGAAGCAGGGUAAAUACAGAAUUCAGAGCACAGGACCCAGGGACCAUGAAAGGAGGUCACCUCAGCAGCCUGGAUGAGCUCUCACUGUUUGCCGUUAUGGCCACAACAUACCCUCUCUUUUCUGUGCCUCCAGGAAGCCUGUGGAGAGACUGUGUUCUUAAGGAGCUCCAGCAUAGUGUCUGUUUGGACUAAUCUAAAUAAAGGUGUGGAUCCUCGCUGCAUAA